GAUAUCGAUGUCUUUUCCAUCUCUAAUAGGUGGCCCCACGUCCUCUUUUAACUUUUCAUUAGCGAAUAUUGCAAAAAAGUAAAUAAACUAUCAUGUUUCGUCUGCAACAAUCUCAACCUGACCCUGCGGAGGAGCAGAAGCGAGUGGCAUCUGAGGUGCGAUUCAACUUCAUCAUGUUUGGUGUCCUUGUCGCAGCUAUUCGCGUGGCGCCCAUUGUUCUGCAACAGCUGAAAAACGCGCAGCUUUAAUCCAAGCUCUAAUGGAACUAUAAGGAGGCCGACACAAAUGCAGCACGGAUAAAAAAAUAAAAGAUGCAUUUAUUCCAGCACAAUUUCAA